AAAAGUUAGUGCUAGUACGAGACCUCAACGAGCAACUUUACUAAAUGAAAAAAAAAACAAAUUUCCAAAAGAACAAGUCAUUCUUCAAAUGUUAAAGCAAAUACAAAAAAAAAAUAUUUUAUUUGAUUUUCAUGAAGUGCAAUAAAAAGGAAACCACAGGUGAGGAGCACCUUGAGCGAAGUUGCCGCCUGAAAAUGGACAUUAUCCGCGGCCUGGUAAGCGGACAGAAUCGUUCCAAGGACCGCAUCCUUUGCGAGAAUUGGUUUAAUUUCCUAAGUCUCUCUGCUAAGCACGAGGCCAGGGCACGCGAUUGUGUCCUGGAUCAGAUGGUUCGGCAACUGCAACAGAUUGGCCAUUUGUCGCAUCCCUUCACAACUCCAGGCAUCUGUGGUACUGACCUUCAGCAGCUCCUGGACGAGAAGGGGCGCCAACGAUUAUUCCGCCUCAGUAAUCAGGAGAGGGUCGCUUCAAAGCCCUCUAGGGGCAAGAGAGCGUCUCCUUUCGUUUGGCGCCAGAAGAUUCAGCACCUGGAUACUCUGGAGGAGCAUUACCGACGCGAAGAGCAAGAGCUAUGGCAUAAUGAGGUUUCGGUUAGGUCGCUGCCCAAACUAUAUACCGGAAUCAAGGAGGUUGGGAUCCAAGUCGGCUUACCUAUGCCAAUCCCUCGCGACAACCGCGGUCUCUUGGAUCGAGCACCCAAAAAGCAGCAGCCAAAGGAGCAACGAGAUCGAGAGCAAAAUCGUGGUCAGGAUCAUAAUCUCUCAAAGGUUGCCGAGCGACGCCCGUGAGCUUCGCGAGCGUCAUCUGCUCGAGCAGCAACUUAAGGUUAAGAAGCAACGUGAACACGAGCGUAAUCUGAUGAA